GGCAUGCCUAACUCACAGAUCGAACCCUGAAACAACCUCUGGGCUGAUCUAAGUCAGGGCAUGGCUAUUUAUUUCAUACGUACUAAGAUUUAUCCACGAUAAAAAGCCUGCGUAAAAUUCGUACCAAAUAUGCAUUCAACCAAUCAGAAAAGAGAACGACUAUUUUUCACUCUCGUUCGUCCAAUCAGAAGCGUGAACGAUUGUGCUUCAUUUUGGCAUCCGAAAUAUCAAUCAAAAGAUACUCAGCGAGCGCGAGUUUUUGCACUUGAAUGACAAACAUGGCGGAGGAAAUGCCGAGAUUUGCACUCUUAGAAGGAACGGUAGACGACUUUAUCUAUGAACAAGAAAACAAAAACACACAAGCUAAGACCAACAGAGAUGUAAAAUUGCUUAAAGUAUUUCUUCAAUCCAAGAAAGAGCACAGGGAAGUUGAAAACAUUCCUCCAGCUGAGCUCAAUGAGUUGCUGAGUGAGUUCAUACUUACCGUUCGUACAGUAGAGGGAAAAAAUUAUGAGCCAACGUCCCUCCGAGGCAUGAUUGCUAGCUUUGAAAGAUUUUUAAAGCGCAAAAACUACCAAGUCAGUAUUAUCAACGAUUUGGCAUUUGAAAAAACCCGUAAAACCCUGCAGUCUAARCAAAAAGAGCUAAAGAAACGAGGCAAAGGUAAUAAGCCAAAUGCAUCAGUGGCAUUGACAGAAGAUGAGGUGAAAGUCCUCUAUGAAAAAGGUCUCCUUGGAAUUUCAAGUCCUGAGGCGCUUCUUAACUCUCUUUGGCUGAACAAUACUCUUCAUUUCGGACUUCGUGGGAUUCAGGAACAUCACAGUAUGUGCUGGGGCGAUGUGACUUUGAACAAAACAGCGGGUGGCGUCGAGUAUCUAGAAUACAACGAAAGGCAAACGAAAACACGUACCGGCGCAAACGCAACUGAUGUCAGGCCGUUUCCAUCAAAAAUGUUCGCCACGGAUGGAAGUUAA